CACAACACGUCGAACGUCUCGCGCGCUCUAUCCUCGACGCGAAAAAUAGACGUUUUAUGUUCCCGGGAAUAAUUCUCCGACAGACGCUACACUGUACGAGCGACACGGUCGGGGAAAAGACGCCGCAUCGCGCCCUCUGAGAAACAAAAUUUGAAGAUCGAGUGAUAAAAUGCCGAUGUACCAGCGUCCUCCCUUCUGGCGCGUGCCGCACCAACGACCCGACCCUGACGAUGAAUCUAGGAAAUUUGCCCAGAGAAAAGUCACGCCAGGCACACCGGCAGGGCGGGAUCUCGCUAGAGGCGACAUUAUUGCCAAAAUCGACGACUACGACGCAAGGGACCUACGACACGAAGACGCACAGAACCUUUUCAAAAACGCUCAAAACCAAAUCAAACUUGUUGUUCAAAGGAGUUCUUCGAGCCCGCAUUACUACAGCAUGCCGCGGUCGCCGAGCAGCUAUAUAGGCCGGUCACCCACACCGUCGUUCUAUCAUUACAUGGACGCGGAACGGGAAGUCCCUCGAGCCGCACCCAUGGCCCAACGAGCACCUGUAUCCAAUGCUGUCCCACCACCGUUUAGGACGCCAAGCCCAAAAUCCGGGCAGAACAAUGCGUGGCGUGGACCCGAGUCCCUGCCACGUAGCACUCCGCUAUUGCAGCCACAGCUGUCGGUACAGCAUGAAGGCGAAUACAGGAGCCUAAUGCUGUCACCUGUAUCCUCUCGCAACGACGAUGUGGUUGACGAAUCUAUCGGUAGCCAGCCGUACCGCACAACGCCGCUGGUGCUGCCGGGCGCCAAGGUGCGGCGCGAGCCGGGCCCCACGGAGAGCUACCUGCGCCACCACCCCAACCCGGCGAUGCGCGCGCCCCCGCACCACGACUACCGCGACACGCUCAUGAAGCAAAAGGUGGCCGAAUCGGUGUUGCAGCGAGUGGUCGGUGAAGAUGCGAAUAAGGUUGUGCACAAACAAUUUAACUCACCAAUCAACCUAUAUUCAGAACAGAACAUUGCUAAUUCUAUCAGGCAACAGACGUCGCCUCUGCCCUCGAAGGCGUUCGACCCGGCCAAGUCGGACACGUUCCGCGCGCUGCAGGAGCAGGACCCGCCCGCGCACGAGCAGCCGUCGCCGCAGACCAAGCUCUUCACGGCGCAGCCCGCUAAGAAGCCUGUCCCUCCGAAAUCGAAACAACAAAACGAGGCAAAACUCGCAGGAAAACAAACGACCUUCGUGAACUCGUUACACGAAGAGCAUAUUCAGCAAUCGAACUCUUUCAAGCGCCUUAUGUACAAUGUACUCGGUGAUACCGAAUUUUAAGACAGAUAUUUGAUCAAAAUCUGCGGUUCUGAAUGAUUAUCUUCGGAUCCUUUAUAAGAUCAAAAAAAUUCCAAGACAUUUUGAUUGUAACAUACUGAAUAAACUGCAAUGUUUAGUCGGUUUACGUAGAAGUUGUGGCCAUCUUGAUAUGACUGAUGAUUGUGAGCGAUGGAGCGAAGUUACCAUCACAUUAUAUUCGUAGUUACAAGACUAACAAAAUUAAUUUAGGAGACAUAUUUUAUAAUAAAGCUCUCGACAGUGUGUAAUGUUAUUUUCGGUGGAUUAAUUUUUCUAAUACUCGAGUAUUAGGCAAGUAAUUUAUUUUAAGUAGCAACGUAACUUUAAUUACUAAGUGUUAUCUGUUUGUACAGAAAUGUUAUUUAUGUAAUGAAUAUAAGAAAUGUUGAGUGUACAAUCUAGUCACAACGACCCGAGCUCUGGUCGAAACCACGAGAAUGAGAUUCAAACUAUUUUAUUUAAAUAAAUUAUUUAUUUUUAUCUAA